AACAACAUCUGGCUCCGUGUUCGCCUUAAAUUUUUACUUUGUUUGCAUUAGAUAUUACGUGGUAUUGAAUCAAUAAAUAAAAUGGAGAUUUGAAGUUAUAGAUGGCAGUCAAACAAAAGAUUAAGUGCUAAAAGGUUCUUUCUAAUAUUUAUUGUUUAUUGUGAAAAGGAAAAUGUCGACAUACCUAGCGGCACUGGUUUUGACCGUUCUUCCCAAUAUUGGUGGAAUUCUCGUUAGCUACUCUGUCAGAAAUGAGAUAAAGUCUUACUAUCAAAAACUCAAAAGACCCAGUUGGGCUCCUCCAACUUGGCUCUUUGGGCCGGUCUGGACCGUUUUAUACAUCCUUAUAGGAUUUGCUUCCUAUCUUGUUUUGACCGCAGACCCAUCCAAUAUAGAUCUUUGGUUGAUUCCUUUUGUGAUCUACAUCUUCAAUCUUCUACUCAACUGGUUGUGGACCCCAAUUUUCUUCUCGUUAAAAGAUAUGAGAGGUGCUCUCCAUGAAAUACUCAUUGUUGACAUAACAGCAGUGCUGGUAGCAAUCCAAUUCUACAGGGUGAAUCAGUUUGCCGGAUACCUCAUUAUUCCUUACAUCGUUUGGUUAUCGAUAGCAACGGCUUUGAACAAUUCCAUAUUGGAGUUGAAUUCAAAAGAAGAAAAGGAAAAGAAAUGAGGUGAAAUCUUCACUCUCAAAACAAAUAUUUUUAAUGAAUUUUUCUCAGAACUAAUAAUUCUAGAAACAUAAUUGGAAAUACAUGAAUGUUAUUUAAUUCAGAAAUAAAUAUUCAAGUACUUACUGG